CUCCUAUCAACAGGAGGAGCUCGCGCUUCAGAUAGCGCUAUUAUUAAUAGUGGACUCGAACCGGGGGUCUCUCUCUCUCUCGAUCUCUCCUGGGCUGGCGCUUUGUGUAGCGUUAUAAAAGCUCGACUAGAGAACAGUACAUGAACGUGAGUCCUGUGUUGCUGGAAUCGCAGAGGUGCACGGAUACAUACGGCACAGGGAUCUUCGAGUCACCUGGCAUCCAUGGAACUUGAGUUAUUCUGCAAACGGCAGCUGACAGAUAACAAAAUGAAGGUCUCUGUACUCCUUAUACUUGGUUGUCUGGUUUCAGAAGGAUUGGCAAAGCCUGAGUUUCCAGAACAAGAGAAGGACCCUAAUUUCUGGAAGGGCUGGGCUCAAAGCUCACUAAAAAAUGCUUUGACCCUCCAAGAGCUCAACAAGAACGUUGCCAAGAACAUCAUCCUUUUUCUUGGUGAUGGUAUGGGUGUAUCUACGGUCACAGCAGCACGGAUUCUAAAGGGUCAAAUGAGUGGAAAGAGCGGUGAGGAAACACAACUGGAGAUGGACAAAUUCCCCUAUGUUGCCCUCUCUAAGACAUAUAACACCAAUGCUCAGGUACCAGACAGUGCAGGCACUGCCACGGCAUAUCUGUGUGGGGUCAAAGCCAACGAGGGUACGGUUGGAGUGAGUGCAGCAGCUGUGAGAUCUCAGUGCAACACCACUCAAGGGAACGAGGUCACCUCCAUUCUUAAAUGGGCCAAAGACGCAGGCAAAUCAGUGGGAAUUGUCACAACAACACGAGUAAACCAUGCCACUCCGAGUGCCGCAUAUGCCCACUGUGUUGAUCGGGACUGGUAUUCAGAUGGGGAAAUGCCAGGUGAAGCACUGCAGAGUGGAUGCAAAGACAUUGCCAGACAACUCUUUGAAAAUAUCCCUGACAUUAAUGUGAUUAUGGGGGGUGGGCGGAGAUAUAUGUACCCCAAAAACACACCAGAUGUGGAAUACCCAGGAGACAAGAAACACAACGGUACACGCAAAGAUGGCAGGAACCUUGUGGGGGAGUGGAUUGACAGAAUGAAGGAUAAGAGAGGUUACUAUGUUUGGAACAAGAGGGAUCUCCUUUCCCUGAAUCCAAAUAAUGUGGAUUAUCUGUUGGGUCUGUUUGAGCCAGCAGACCUGGCCUAUGAGCUUGAGAGAAACAAAGAAACUGACCCUUCACUUACUGAGAUGGUAGAAGUGGCCAUUAAGAUCCUCAGAAAAAAUGAACGCGGGUUCUACUUGUUGGUCGAAGGUGGGCGCAUUGACCACGGACACCAUGAGGGCAAAGCGAAGCAGGCCUUACACGAGGCAGUAGAAAUGGAUUGGGCCAUUACUCGAGCUGGUCUCCUCACCAGUGUUUAUGACACACUAACCGUCGUCACGGCUGAUCACUCUCAUGUCUUCAGCUUUGGAGGCUACACACCACGAGGAAACUCAAUCUUUGGUUUGGCCCCCAUGAUGAGUGAUAUUGACCAGAAGCCCUUCACAUCCAUUUUGUAUGGAAAUGGCCCAGGGUUCAAGUUGGUUAACGGAUCUAGAGAAAAUGUCUCAACUGUGGACUACGAGCAAAACAAUUAUCAGGCUCAGUCUGCCGUUCCCUUGCGCAUGGAGACUCAUGGCGGUGAAGACGUGGCCAUCUUCUCCAAAGGCCCCAUGGCUCAUCUUCUUCAUGGAGUCCAGGAGCAGCAUUACAUUCCCCAUGUCAUGGCGUACGCCUCUUGCAUCGGCCAAAACAAAGACCACUGCCGUACAACCUCCGGCUCCUCUUCUCUCAGCCACAUCUCCCCUACACUGGCCAUCCUUCUUUCAGUUACAUGGUUUCUGUGCUGACCUCUCUUCUUUGGAUCCUCUCGUAUCCUACCGUGAUUAGAUCAGAAACUGAGUUUAUGAUUUUUUUGUAAUAUGUGGUUAGUUUUUAAAGCAUUUAUCAACUUCAGGACCAAUGUGUGGGCAUUUUGAAGAGGCUGAAGAUGUGAAGAGAUUCUGUUGCAAUGAUGGAAACAAAAUGUAAAAUGUUUUUUUUUUUUUUAACUUGCCAUUUAAGCGAUAUCACACAAGUAGGAUUGCUGGUGUUGUGAAUACCAGAACUGCUGUGAUUCAGUACAGCAGUGCAAAUGUGAGUGUGAUAUUGCUGUUCUCUAAAAAACAUUAUAAUGAAUAAUUGUGAUAAAAUCUGGCCAGCAAAAAUUCUUCAGAAGGACGCCAAAAAAAAUAUCACGCUUUCUGUAUUGCAAGGCAACACGGAGAUUGACAAUCUGUCUGGAACAGAUAAUGCAAAAUAGAGGAUCUGAACUAAUUGUUGUUUGACAAGCUCACACUACACAGUUUUAGCUCUGAAAUUUUGUAAGGUCUGCUAAGUCACAUGAGAUCAGUAAGAUAUUUUUUUUUUCUUUUUGGAAAGAAUUCAAUGUUUAUUCAGCAAGGAUGCAUUAAAUUGAUCAAAAGUGACAAAACAUUUAUGUUACACAAAAGUUCCCUUUUGAAAGGGAACUUCAACUCUGCGUUGAUUACGUGGACGUUCCCCAACGUCUCGUUCCCUGGUUCUCAGGGAACUAUGGUUACAUACGUAACCUGAGACAAUUUCUAUUUAAAUGAAUGCUUUUGAACUUUCUAUUCAUCAAGGAAUCCUAAAAAAUUAUCAUAGUUUCCACAAAAAAUUAAGCAGCACAGUAAUAGUAAACAUUAAUAGUAAUAAGAGAUGUUUCUUGAGAACUAAAUCAGCAUAUUAAAAUGAUUUCUGAAGGAUCCUGUGACACUUAAUAAUAAACUGCAUUUUAAAGUAUUUAAAAGUAUAUUUUAAAGUUAAGUUUUUAAAUUGUAAUAAUAGCACCUAAAGGGACAUUGUGGUGGAAAAUAUUUGGGAUGGGAGAAAAAAUAUAUUUCAAUGCUUUUGCGUACUCUCGCAAAAGUUUUGCAUUCCCUCGAGAAACUUUGCGUUUGCUCACAAAAAACUAAGUUUCUUGGGGGAACACAAACAUUUUUGCGAGCGAACACAAACUUUCUUGGGGGAACGCAAUAGUUUUGCGAGAGAAUGCAAAAAAAUUAACAUCAUUUUUGUUCCCAUCUCAUAUAUUUUUUCAUCACUUUGUCCCUUUAGGGGCUCCAUAGUUUUUACUCUAUCAAAUAAAUGCAGCCUUGUUGAACAUAAAAGACUUGUACUGAACUUGUACUGUCCCAGGUGAAAAAAAAAAGUAAAUUUCUAUAAUGUACUUAAAGUGCUCUAUUUUCGUGCACUAAUUUUGUACUUAAUAUACUAAAAAUUCUUCUUUAGUACUUCUUAAGAACAUCUAAGUGUACUCAACUGCUAUUUUGAGACACCAUGAAAUAUAAACUAAAAUGUGCUUUUAAUAUACUAUCUCUGUAUUUAAAAAAAUUUAUUUACAUACCACUUAUAGUAUUUUGAACCCUUACCCCCGGUUUCACAGACAAGGCUUAAGCUAGUCCUAGACUAAAAUGCAUGUUUGAGCUGUUUUAACUGAAAGCAACUUGCAAUGACAUAUCUUAAAGGAUUAGUCCACUUUUAAAUAUAAUUUUCCUGAUAAAUUUACUCACCC